UUGUUAAUCGUAAGAAGGCAAACAGUUUGUGAUCGCUGCGCUGUUAUGUUAAAAUGAUGUUGGAAUAAAGACCCAAAAGGACAAGAUAAGUACUGCUGGAGUCACUGGACUGUUUAAUUAAUUCAUGCAUAGCAGUGACAUCGUGUCACCCACGUUAAGAAACACCUCAGUGGCUUCAAGCGUAGGCUUAGCCUCUACAACAGGUAUUGAUGGUAAUUUGCAGUGGUUUAGUAUUGAUUGAAAUACCUGUGAAGUCCUGUUGAUUUUUAAUGAUUCAAUGUUAUCCAAGGGUGCAACCGUGGUGGAAAAUCAGAAUUCAAUAUUGAUCCAAUAUCAGACUCUAACACUGUUUCAAUAUUGCUCAGCAAACUGGAUGACAGCGAGUACGAGAGGAUCCCAGAGUCAGGCCUUAGGAGCAGUUAGGAGAUCAGGGCAGUUACCGGUGAUGACAUGAAACACGAUUGUGUGUUGUCGCUCCCGUCACACCUACAUCAAUCCAUUCGUCACCUUUGUGGACUAGCGCAGGUGGAAGUGCAACCUGUGUUACCAGGUCAAUGAUGUACCAGGUGAGUUCAAGUGGAACCCAGUCACAAGGUCAUACGGUGAACCACACAAGAGGCCAGAGGUCCAGAAUUCCACCGUGGAGUUCAUCGCCUCCUCAGACUACAUGGACAGACCUCCUGAUCGAUGCAGACUACUUCAUGGCUGUAGCUGUUCUGUCAGCAAAAAGAAGCAAAGACCCAAACACUCAGGUGGGAGCAUGUUUAGUGGACCAGGACAACAAGAUAAUUGGCACUGGUCACAAUUGUAUGCCCAAUGGUGGUGAUGGAAAACUGCCAUGGAAUCGCGAUGGUGACAAACUUGACACAAAAUACAUGUAUGUGUGCCAUGCAGAGCUGAAUGCCAUAGUGAACGCAAGCGCGAAAGCUGAUGUGAAAGGCUGCACCAUGUAUGUGACUUUGUUCCCCUGCAAUGAGUGCACCAAACUCAUCAUCCAGGCAGGUCUGAAGGAAGUGGUUUAUCUUUGUGACAAGUACUAUGAUACACCUGAAACCAUAGCAUCCAAAAGGAUGCUUGACAUGGCGGGGAUACCGUACAGGUGCUUUGUGCACACAAUGCCUCAAAUUGCCAUUGAUUUGCCUUUCAUUGAAACUCCUGGAAAUGAAAAUGCCUAAGACUCAUCUUGGGGAGCUGCUGAAUGAGGCAGUGAGGCAGAAGAAGAAUCAGCAGAAAACGGAUUUGGGACGGGUUUGGAGAAUAAUAUGACCAAGACUAAUUUGCAGAUCAAAUCUGAAAUUAGAGUAUUUGGUUUGACAAAUUGUACAACAGAAUGUAAUAAAAGAAACUGGGAAAAAAUUAUAUGAAAUGAAAAAAGAAGUAAAGAAAUGGGAGAAGAGUAAUAGUAAUAAUAAAGCAUUAAUGUGGUUAAAACUGUCGUCCUCUCCAAAUUCUUCUUCCAGCAACUAUUCUUCCAGAUAACAAAUCUACAAGUAGCCUUUAAAGAAGCCUAUAAAAGAGAAUUACUGUAGAACAGUAAAAUGAAAGGUGGGUUAGAAGAUGUUCAACUAGAAAGUAGAUUAAAAGAUGGUUUUGUUAGGUAUCGAAAGCUUUUAAGAUGGGAGAUCCUUCCUCAUCGAGAAAGAAGCAAGGGCAGAGCAAGGCACGUACCAUAUUAUAAAAUGAUCUUUUUUUUGUAAAUGAGGAAUGAUGCAGUCUACACUGGACCAGCUCUUUAGCCUCUCAAGGAUACUUGCAGGUGCACAGGAGUUAACCAAACUGACACAUAUGUUUUUGUGGAUUUGGAGAAUAAAGUCUGAGGAAGUUUCUACCAGCUAUUUCUGUGCAAAGCUGAAUCCUGUGCUAUGUUAAUGUCAUAAGAUUAAAUUAGUAUAUAUAAACUUUUUUUUGGUCUAAUUUUUUAUUCUAAUGAAUGAACUCAGCUUGAAUCAGUUAUAAAAAACGCUUUCUUUUCUGUUGCCUACACGUUGCCUCAACACCUAAAGAGGAAACAUAGUUCAGUUGGGUUAAAGUGAGAUAUGGGAGGUGAGGAAACGAAAAAUCAGCAGGGGGAAAAAGAAUCACAACUCACUGUGAUCUUUAUAGUAGUUUAUAGUAGCAUCUACUGUGUUACUGCUGCUCUGAGGUUUACUGCGCUUUGUGGACUUGGACAACUGAAUUCAACAGGAUAUAAGCAGAUUUUCAUGAAUUGUCUUCGCUGAUUUCCAUCCCCUACAUUUACAGUAUACUGUUUAUACUGUCUUUACACUAAAUCCUAUCAAGUUUGUAUAAAGGUCGAAUUCAGUAAAUGUAUCUAAGCAUCAUCAGCUAAAAUUCAUAUUAAUAUCUGGUGUUUUAACAUAACCUAAAUCUGACCAUGAACACCGUAGCUACUGUCCAACACAGUGCUUUACUUUAAGUCCAUCAAACCUCUUUCAUCCACCAUUUAAAUAACACAAAGUUAGCAUAGCUCAGAUUAACAUUAUUUUUUUGUUGCAGAAUGGAGGACACAACUUACAGACAACUGCACGAUCGGGUGUUGAGCCAAAAGACAAAACCCAAAAGGAAUCACCAGAUACACCAUUAGGACUGCCUUAUUGUUCAGGCUGAAUCGGUUUGAUGUUUGAAGGCCUGCAUAUACUGUAUAUAUAUUAAAAAAAAAAAUCUGUCACAGUGGGUCAACCACUGGAUCUACCCAAACGUGUCAUAAUGCCUCGGCAAACUGUGUUUAAAGUCCACUAAAUAAAGUCUGCCUCUUUAUUUAAAAUGGCUCAUCUGCAACAAAGAAAAAAAAAAAAAAAAGAAGGCGCGCAGCACCGUUAAAUAAUAACUCUGAUCAAAUGUGUUAAAACUAAAGUAACAACCUUGUUUUUAAAAUUUAAGGAGUAGAAAGUUUUGAUAUUUGUGUAAAAAUGCUGGGAGUAGAUGCUCAAGUGAAGCUUUUCAUGUGUAACUCUUUCUAUGGUUUCUAUCCAGGAAUGCCACAGAAUAUAAAAAAAAAUGUAAAAAUCUUUAUUGUGCUUUAAUACCUGGUCUUGCAUUUGACACAUUGAUUCUUAUAAACCUUUUUGCAUGUUGUGUUGUGUUGCGUGAUGCAAUUUAAUUAUUGUAAAUUAUUGUAAGGCUCUCUGCACACUCUUGAAACAAGUGUCCUUCACUGAUCACAGAGCAGGCUGCUCUCGGGGCUCUUGGCGUCCACGUCUCCCCAGUAGGGCA